AUGCGUUACUUUGCGCCAGUCGCUACGGCGUCAUUGUUGGUGGGACUGUUGGCUAUGGUAAAAACAGGGUACGGCCUUAAUUGUGACUUUUGCUAUGGCGAGGAAGAUUGCUCCCUGGGAAUGGACGUACCGAUGGUGCAUUGCGAUGAAGAAUCGGUUCAAAUGACCAACAGCAGUCUAGACAGCUUCAUUCGACCGCUUAGAACCGCCCUGCCAACAAUACACCAGCGGUACGAGUGCAUCCAUAUGCGAGCCAAAUCGGUGAGCGGCCACGUGUUCCUGUUUGUCCGCGGAUGCGUUCACCAGCUGGAAGGCGGAAGACACUUUUGUACGUUACCACACGCCACCUUCCAGGGAUCGCUCGAGUGCAUCGCUUGUCACGGCGAUCGAUGCAACAACGUUCCCGUCCCGCAGGAUGACGAGAAUGGAGCCGGUGACAUGCCGCGGAGUUCGUUGAUCUCGCUGGCAGUCUGCUCAUUACUUGCAGUUUCGCUGGCCACCUUUACAACCCCGUACAGUUGA